AUGCAGUACCCCCAUGCCGGCAGCCUCCCCAACGGCAACGGCUUCUCGUCAGCGCCAAACUACUCGGCCACCAAGCACAAGGCCAUUGAAGAUGCUCGUGCCGCCCAAGCCAUCGUGGUGCGCGAGUGCGCCGAGGCCGGCCGGGAGGUGCCGCCCUACAAGCUGCUGGAGCUCAUCGGCAAGGGCAGCUUCGGGCGCGUGUACAAGGCCGUGGGCACCAAGACGAGCCAGCUGGUGGCCGUCAAGGUCAUCAGCAUCGAGGAGGGCGACGGCAUCCAGCCGGGCGCGGCCGAUACGUUUGGCGACAUCAUCAAGGAGGUCAACACGCUCAAGCUGCUGAGCAACAGCGGCGCCCGCAACGUCAACGCCGUCGUCGACACCCAGCUGGUGGGCCAGGCAGUGUGGAUGGUGACCGAGUACUGCGCUGGUGGCAGCGUCGCGUCCCUGAUGCGGCCCACGAGCGGCCUGGCAGAGCGCUGGAUCAUCCCGAUUCUUCGUGAAGUGGCUGAGGCGCUGUUCUGGGUGCACAAGCAGGGCAUUAUCCAUCGCGACAUCAAGUGCGCCAACGUGCUCGUCACCGAUGCGGGCAACGUGCAGCUGUGCGACUUUGGUGUCGCCGGCAUCAUGGAGACCAAGUUCGACAAGCGCAGCACAAUCACCGGCACCCUGCACUGGAUGGCCCCGGAGCUCUUCGACCCCCAUGUCGCCUACGGCAUCGAGGUCGACAUCUGGGCAUUUGGGUCCAUGGCCUACGAGAUCGCCAACGGCCUGCCGCCAAACGCAACCGCCAGAAUCAACAUCCAGCAGUUUGGUGCCUACCUUAAGCAGCACCAGCCGCGUCUGCAGGGCAACAAGUUCUCCGAUAACCUCAAGAACCUCAUCGCCUUCUGUCUGGUUGAGGACCCCAAGCGACGGCCGCCCAUAGAGGAAAUCCAACGGCACCCCUACAUCUUCAACACGCAGGACAGAUAUCCAACCGUCUCUCUUUCCAAGCUGGUGGCCGAUUAUAAGCACUGGGAGUCUCAGGGUGGCAGCAGGCAGUCUCUCUUCUCGGCUGGUGGUGCGCAGGGACCGCGCAGGGACCGAUCUCCAGUCCGCCAGAGCGGCUGGGACUUUGGGAAUUUCGACGAGGUGGACGAGCUCAUGUUCCAAAACACGGCCAAGCCGCGUGCCGCUCCCGAGUACUACCCCAGCGUUGCCUCGAGCCCCGAGAACACGGCACGGCCAAUGCAACGCCGUCGCAGGCGUCCACCUCCAACCAUGAAGGAACUCAAGGCGCCACUGGAAAAGGUCUUUGAUCCGUAUACAAUCACCAACUAUGGCGACAACUCGCGAGCCUGGUAUGGCAGAAUACCGAUGCCGCCUCCAACUUCAGCUCCACCGCCAUCCUCUCAGAAGAAGCCAAAGCCAGAGCCCAAAUCAGAACCAGCAGCGCCAGCUCGCGAAUCGUUGAUCGAUCUUGACAUGGCGUUUGACGACACCCCGGGGACAAUUAACCUCGAUGAGGAGACAAUCAAGCCAGCCACACGGCCCAUCUCGAUUGACUUGAGCGGAUCUGUUGACGAGCGGCGCAAGACUCAAGAUUGGGACUUUCCAGCCAAACGCGCCACUCAGGAAUGGUCAUUUCCUACUUCAGACAAGCGGGACACGCAGGACGAUAAUGAGGAUUACGUUGGUGACGCACACGUAUCUCAGCCGCCUUCAUUUGACGACAUGGGUGCCGCGACGAAUCGGGACUCGGCCAUGAGUCUUAUUGAUCUCGAUGCCUCCUUGGCAGAUGAUGGAGGGUACAGUGCCCCUGGUUCGUUUGUGCCUAGCUCGCAUAUACGAUCGUCCGACUCGGUUCACGGAUCACUAUCAUUUGACUUGGAACUUGAAGCCGAGGCAGAAACGAACACAAGAGAGCCCUCUUUAUACAUAGACGAUGACAUGGAGUCUGUCCCUUCCCUCACACGGCAAUUGAGCGACCUGCAGAGCACGCCUACGACUCCCGACGAAAGGCCAAAUAUGGCAUGGGAAUCAUCUGGUCUGGGAAUCAUGACGAGUGCUCGGAACUCCAUGAUGCUUUCCCUUCCGCCCCUUCCCAAUGCCCCCUCGCCAAAUGUUCUUCAAGGCUUGGGAUCACAAGAAGAUUUGAAGAACGAACUAUAUCACAUGAUAUCAAGCAUGAGAGAACACCUUCAGUACGCGAAUGACUGGCUGAAAACAUUUGAUACCCCCACACAUGAAGAAGACGAGGAAGAGCACCACGAGGAAGAGGAGGAGGAAGAGGAAGAAGACGCAUAG